UGUGUAGUCCAGCACAGGGGGAUGGGGCUGCAGGGUGACACGUGGCAGCAUUGCAGGAAUUAUGAUGGUGCAGGAGUGCCUAUGCAUGCCGAAAUCCUGCCCCUUCCCUUCUCAGUGACCCCAGUGCUGACUGUGCCCCUGGUUAUGGGUAAGGAUUCAGGGCAGGGGUAACGUGGGAGGGGCAGAUUCAUGAAGUUGCAUGGAAGAAAACAGACUAAUGUUCUCUGUGCACACACAGUCUUAAGAAAAACAUGAGCAUAGUACUACAUAGUACAAGCAGCAUGCUCGGGUGAUGAAACCAUGAAGAAAAAAGCAAGGGAACAAUCAGCAUUAAAGUGAGUCUAGGGACUCCUUUGGGAGGAGUGGGGUGUGCAAUAGGGAUGGGGAUCGAAGGGAUGGUCCAGGGUGCCUGCAAUGCUCUGUUUCUAUUUUGUGAUGAAUCACUGAGUUGUUCUUGUUGGAGCCUAUUCUUUGUAUCUUAUGUUCCCCCCACCCAAAUGUGUCAAGAGAACCAACAUAGGUGGAAGGAGGCACCAGAACCUCCCAGAACCUCCUCCCAGCCCCCAGCCACACAGUUAAACAUAACCUUCUGUGAAUUCAGGUGCACGUCUCUUCCCUCACCAAAUCAUCCCCACCUGGAGAGUGGAUGACACCCAGCUGGCAUUCCUCACUCCCUGUCUCCUGUACACCUGACUCCUGGGACCAGAGCCCUCACGGGCAAAGCUCCAGAGGUUGGCAGACCCCACCACCCUCUGGAGCAAUGGAAAAAAGGGUGAGAUACCAGCGGUGAAGAAAUCAUUCUGGCACCCAGACAGCCGCAACAAAGGGGGAAGUUUCUACCCCUUUCAAAAUUGGUCCCUUUUCCUCUGCCCUUCCCCCCAUACCAACCCUGUGUACAGCUACAGCUUCAGUUUCCCAUGUGUCCUUUGUGUCAGUCUCCCCUCAAUGUCCUUGGAAUCUUCGUCUCCCCUGCUUGAGUGUCCCCUGUGCCCAGUCUUCCUACGACACAACCUCCAACCUCCAACCUUCCUAUGAACAGCACCUCUCUCUGCCUGUGUGUCCCCUGUCACAGGGAGCUCUGGGUACCGACACCUACUGUUUCCUUGCUUGGCAGUGACUCCAGGGGCAGUGCCUGGGGCUAGUGUGUGGUCUCAUGAGCAGGGAGGGGAGGCCUACCAUGUGGAUUCCAAGGGAGGGAGGACAGUUGACCUCCUCACACCUCCACCCCUGGCCUCCCCCAUCUCUCAGGUCCCUAUGUCCCCACAUGAGUUCCACAGACAUGUACGGCCUGUCAUUCAGGUGGUCUGGCCCAAAGGAAGGAACCCUUUUUCACUUUGCAAAAAAAUGACCCCAGAAGGGAGGGGCAUUGGCAGGAAGGCGGGAGAUGGGGCUCGAGCCCUGCACAGGGUGUGAAUUUGGGCGAGGCUCUCACCCUCUCUGGCCUCUAGACCCAGGGUCCCCAGCAGUGGAGAUGCAGUGGUGGAUGGAUGGCUGAUUCCCAAGGGCUGUCCCGGCCCUGACAGCGUCUGCGUGCGAGGUUCCUUCUCUGAGGAGGGCCACUGUUCUGACAUCACUGUCACCUUCCUGUCGGGGCCUCCUCUCAGUCUUGCAGCUCUUAGCUUCUGAGAGACAAACCCGGAGAAACAGGCUCCCCGGGGACCAGGCGCCUCCAAGCCCAGAUAUGCUUCUGCUGCUGUUGGCCCUGCUCUGGAGGAGGGAGGGGGCCGAGGGCCAGAGGGGGGCCGGGAGGGGGCCACAGGGGGAUUACUGGCUGCAAGUGCAGGACGCAAAGGGGCAGGAGGGCCUGUGUGUGCGAGUGUCCUGCAGAUGCUUCUAUCCCCGGGAAGGCUGGUCUGAGUCUACCCCAGCUCUCGGCUACUGGUUCCGGAAAGGGGCCGGUGUACAACAGGAUGUUCUAGUGGCCACAAACAACCCAGAUGGAAAAGUGUGGCAGGAGUCCCAGGGCCGAUUCCGCCUCUUCGGAAACCCCCAGGACUACGACUGCUCCCUGGACAUCAGAGAUGUACGGAGAGGGGACUCGGGGACAUACGUCUUUAGGGUGGAGAGAGGGCCUUCUGUGAGAUAUACUUACACACGGGACCAGCUCUCCGUGCGUGUGACAGCCCUGACCCAGACACCUGACAUCCUUAUCUCGGGGACCCUGGAGUCUGGACGCCCCAGUAACCUGACCUGCUCUGUGCCCUGGGCCUGUGCGUGGGGCACGCCCCCCAUCUUCUCCUGGACAUCAGUGGCCCUCACCGCCCUGGGCCCCAAGACCCACCUCUCCUCUGUGCUCACCCUCACCCCACGGCUCCAGGACCACGGCACCGACCUCACCUGUCAGGUGACCUUGCCUGGGACCGGAGUGACCACAAUGAGGACCAUUCACCUCAACGUGUCCUGUGAGAACCGGGCCAGGGCCACCGGAUCCCUGAUGGGGUCCUGAGGGCAGUUGGCUGGGGGGUCAGGGCCUGGGACCUUGGGUGUUGGGUCCUGGAAUGUGGGCUGGGAGGGGGUCAGGAGGAUCUCCACCCUCUUCCCAUUUCUGCAGCUCCCGUGGGGACUGAGGGCCAAUGUCCACCAGCCCUCUCCGUUGACGCCAAUCUGCCAUGUCUUUCUGUCCCAGAUUCUCCGUGGAACUUGACCGUCACUGUCUUCCAAGAAAACGGCACAGGUAGGAUAGGGGCUCCUCCUAGGGUGCAGGGAGCAAGGGCAGGGCCGGGUCCCUCCUGUGGGUCCCCCAGGGGCCCUCCCC